AUGGCGAAUGCGAUCGCGAUCGGCUCUACGCCGUUUUGCUUCUUCCUGGGCACUUCCACACGGACAGCGCUUGCGCUUGGUCCCCGUGUCUGCUCCAACACACGAGCACCGACAGAUAUAGCUUUGAGACUCCAUAAUGUACUAAAUACUGAUAUUGAUGUAGAGCUGCGAGCGUAUGCGAAACAAACCAAGGAUCAUAAUGAGGUUGUCUUGAUCUACGGUCGUUUUCUGUGGGACUCUUACCACACCACCACACAAGGGAGACAUAUUGUACGUCUGCAUCUUUACGAUGCAGUUACUGACGAUGCCGUUGAGGACUUAUUGGAGAAUUACAAGUAUGAUGGUGAUCACUGCUUCGACUCAGACAAGGAGUUGAUGACAGCUACGUUAUGGGACGAAGUCAAGGGCUGCAACGGAGUCCCGACGCCCGGUGAUAUCGUGUGCAUUUCACGAUUUACUGGUUUGGACGUGUUUCGAGGAGAAGCUUGUCAGUUCAACACUAAACUGUCUGGCAUUAAAGUCGAAGCCUUUGGCCAAAAGGAGGGCAGUGACAAAGAAAAGGGCCGUGCACACGAUGGGCAAGAUUAA